AGAUGGCGGCUGAGGUUGUUUCCGAGCUGUGAGUUCAGACAGAGAAUAAAUCCGAUGACGUUCUCCUCGGUGGGAGGCCGCUGUUCCCCUGGCUGCCGUCGGCGAUCAUGUGAUGGGUGUGUGAUUGACUGUGAUGGACAGGUGUAAGCACGUGGGUCGCUUGAGGCUCGCGCAGGACCACUCCAUCCUAAACCCUCAGAAAUGGCACUGUGUGGACUGUAACACCACCGAGUCGGUCUGGGCGUGUCUCAGCUGCUCACAUGUGGCCUGUGGACGCUUCAUCGAGGAGCAUGCACUGCAGCACUUCCAGGAACAGCGACACCCGCUGGCGUUGGAGGUGAACGAGCUGUACGUCUUCUGUUAUUUAUGCGACGACUACGUGCUAAACGACAACGCCACAGGUGACCUGAAGCUGCUGCGCAGCACCCUCGGUGCCAUCAAGAGUCAGUGCUACGAGGUAACCACCCGCAGCGGGCGCACCUUGCGGUCCGGUGCCGCCCCACCAGAUCACGGAAAUGCUCAGGAGUUGCAGCUGCGCGGCGAGGACCGCAUGUUCACCGCGCUGUGGCACCGACGCCGGGCGCUCAUGGGCCGCAUCUUCCGCGCCUGGUUCGGCAGCACGGAGCGGGGCAAGAGGUUCCUGGAGGAGGAGCGGCAGCGCGAGGAGGAAGAGGAGUGCAGAAGGGAGGCGCGGGAGAGGAGGCUUCUGCUCAAACGCCAGCUCCGAGAGGAACUGGAGAGCGCGCCGCCGCGGAAGAGCAGCCGGAUCCAGACGCAGAGUCUGAAAGCGACGUUGGUGGCGCGUGGCGCUUCUCGCCAGUCUGUUAAACGCAAGCCGGCUCCGCCCCCUAAAGCACGGACUCGUAAAGAUAAAACGCCUCAGAAGAGGCCGGCACCUGCGGUCAGGACGAAACGGACUCAAGCGCCGCCUAGCUGUAAAGGCGACUCCCCGAUUAAGAGGAGACCCACGGUUACGCCGGGUGUGACGGGUUUAAGGAACCUGGGCAACACGUGCUACAUGAACUCCAUACUGCAGGUUCUCAGUCACCUUCACGUGUUCAGGGAGUGUUUUCUCAGACUGGAUCUGAACCAGGCGCUGGAGCUGCUAGCCUCCGCGGUUAGCCGUAAACUAGGGCUCACGGCGCAGCACGGGAACCAGACGAAGUCCCCGGGUCAGGGAUCGGGGCUCAGCGGUGGAGCCUCGCGCUCACGCAGCAUGGAGCUCAUCCAGCCCAAAGAACCGAGUUCCAAACACAUCUCGCUCUGCCACGAGCUGCACACUCUGUUCCAGGUAAUGUGGUCAGGAAAGUGGGCGCUGGUGUCUCCGUUCGCGAUGCUACACUCAGUCUGGCAGUUAAUCCCGGCGUUUCGGGGCUACGCCCAGCAGGACGCUCAGGAGUUCCUGUGCGAGCUCCUCGAUAAAGUCCAGCACGAACUGGAACGCACCGGAACACUCACACCCGCCACCGUGCCGUCCAAUCAGAGACGGAUGAUCAAACAGGUCCUUAGCGUGGUCAAUACCAUCUUCCACGGCCAGCUGCUGAGCCAGGUGAGGUGUCUGGCCUGCGACCAUCGCUCGAACACGGUGGAGCCUUUUUGGGACCUGUCCUUGGAGUUCCCCGAGCGUUACCAUAGCAACAGUAAGGAUGCUGCGCAGGUUCCGUGUGGACUGACUGAGAUGUUGGCCAAGUUUACAGAAACGGAGGCGCUAGAGGGAGCAAUAUACGCCUGUGACCACUGCAACAAUAAUAGGCGGCGGUUCUGCUCUAAGCAGGUGGUUCUGACGAAAGCUCAGAAGCAGCUGAUGGUCUACAAACUGCCUCACGUCCUGCGACUGCACCUCAAGCGCUUCAGGUGGUCGGGUCGUAACCACAGGGAGAAGAUCGGCGUUCAUGUGGAGUUCGAGCAGGAGUUAAACAUGGAGCCGUACUGCAAAGACUCCGCCUCCAACACCUCGCUUCGCCCUCAGCAUUUUCUCUACCAGCUCUCUGCUGUUGUGAUGCAUCAUGGGAAGGGCUUCGGCUCAGGCCAUUACACAUCCUUCUGCUACAACACAGAAGGAGGAUUUUGGGUGCACUGUAACGACUCGAAGCUGAGCGUGUGUGCGGUGGAGGAGGUGUGUAAAGCGCAGGCCUACAUUCUCUUCUACACCCAGAGAAGCUCUCAGGACAAAAUCAAGGCCGGCGAUUUAUGACCCGUCGCCGCCGCCGAGCUGCCCAUCGGCCCCAGAGACGUUCUGUUUAUACGGUCGUGUUGAAACGGUUUGCAGAUGGACCGGACCGGACCGUGUGUUUGCAGGAGUGUCGGUCCAGCAGUGGGCACUCUGGCUGUGAUUGUAGCUGUGUGAGUGUGUGUGUGUGAGAACAUGAAGACGUUAGUCUUGAGCCCGAUUCGAAUGGGAUUCAUUUCUCAGGGUGACUUUGUUAAUAUGUUGUGUGUAUAUGUAAUACUCCAGUUACUCCGGGAUGAGUGACCUCCCACCUAGAGCUUCUGCUUGUGCGCAGAAGGAAAUCAGCAGCUAUUCCUAAAUCCUGCAGGUUAAAUUGGAACCCACGUGUGAAAACAAAAUGCCAGUAGUGGUCGUUUCAUCAAGGAUUGUUUUAUUUUCUCUAUUUGUCUAAUUUGAAGGUCUUUCACAAGCCUCUUGUUGUAUAUUUAUGUGUAAUAGCGUUCAACUGGGAUGCGAGUGGCACUUACACGCGUACCUUUCGCAUGCCUGAAGCAAGAACAUCAUGUUCUUCACGACGGGCUGGUGUGGCUGCAUGUUUUCUUACCAACCACUGAAGUUUUAUAGAACUUUUUAUGCAUUUUACUCUCACAAUCUCACAAUGAUCGUAGCCAAUCCACCUCUGGGGACCCCAACCCCUGUAUUCCCCAAUCCCUUCUUACUUUCCCAUACUUUGGUGGAUUUGCACGUGAGAGCCAAACCCCAAUCUCUGCUCUCUUCUACUUUCUGUACAGGCACCCUGUGCAACCAAGGUCCUUACACAGCAUUAAUAACCCCACCCCUUAGUCCGGUCUUUACCCACACAUCAGACUGGAGGCCAAUUUUGUCUUCAUAUAUAGAUUUACUUUCUCACUCUGCCCUCGAACCAAAGUGUAGAUACAACCUGAUCUUCAACUGUUUCCAGAUUUGUCGGCCCUCUUUUGAAAGGGAUUGAUUAGUAAACAACGUGACUGUGGUGGAGUAGAGGUCAAUUGUGCCUGCUAGAGGGCGUCCAGCUGACCGGUAGCGCAGCCAAGAUAAACCCAGGAGUUCAAACGACAUGACUGUGGUGGAGUAAAGGUCAAUUGUGCCUGCUAGAGGGCGUCCAGCCGACCGGUAGCACAGCCAAGAUAAACCCAGGAGUUCAGAAUCUCGGCGCUGGUAUGUUAGCGGAUUAUCCCGCUGCGCCACAUUUUUUUAUUUUUCCCGAUUUUUAGUGCAUCCAAUUUUUACCCAAUUGCGUUAUGCUUCCUCUCUACUGGUGCUGACCCCCGACCCUGAUUGAGAAGAGCAAACAGACACGCGCACCCUCCGACAUGUGAGCAGUAGCCAACUGCAUCUUGUCACCUGCACGAGGCGAGUUCAUAUGCGAAUCAGCCUUGUGUACGGGGAUCAGCAUUAUUCCUCUACUCUGUGCAGACGCCAUCAACCAGCCAGCAGAGGUCGUAAAUGCGAAAUUAUGAGGACCCUAUCCGGCUCCCUCCCUGGAUGAAGAACAGCCAAACGUUCAUGUAGCCGCCCAGCCCAGGCGGAUGGCAGUGCUGAGAUGGCUGCACCACCUGAGCGGCUAUGACUUUUUAAAGCUUGUGCCUUAACGGUAUUCAAACAUACACCCACAUCAGCCAUUUAUGAAUGUGACUAGAUGCUUAGUCUGGAGGAUUAAACGUGAUCUCCACAUUGAUGCAGGUCAGCAUCAAAACCAGCAGGAAUGUGGCGUACGAGCAAUAACCUGUUCAUGAAGUACUAUGUAGUUUGGGACACAGCAUCUGUUAUUUUAUUCAGUGACGCAGCACACGUCUCUUCCCAACACCAAAAUGUUCAAGGGUUCUUCAAAAAGUUUCCGCACUUUUUUAACUUAAAAAAACAAACAAAUCGCGUCUCCUUCCUAUGCAUUUUCCCAGCGUCAUACCAACUUUUUAAUCCCGUCAGCAAAUAAUGUUUUUGGUUGAGCUCGUAGCCACUGAUGCAGCGCUGCUUUCACAUCAUCACAUGAAAAUCUUCUUCCCCUUAAAGCUUCUUUGAGCGUCCAAAAAGGUGCAAAUCAGAUGCCGCUAAAUCCGGACUAUAAGCGUCUCUCAGUCUCUCAGACACGAGUGAUUACUCCACCUCCUCCUCCACCCUCACCACUUUUUAAAGAUCCCUCGUAUUAAAAGCUCUUAAAUGAUGGAGUUACCGCAGGUACCGAUGUAAAAAAAAAAAAAAAAAAAACGAUCCCAUUCGAACUGGGCUUCAGUCAGAGGCAUUAGUGCAUCCUGUACGUCGUAAGUGAGCGAGGAUUUUAUUUUAAUGUGUGGCUUUAAUUUUAAUUCAGAUUCACUGUACAUACAUUUACCAAACCAAAGUGCUGAUACAACCUGAUCUUCAACUGUUUCCAGAUUUGUCAGCCCUCGUUCAAAGGGGAUGGAUUAGAAAAUGACAUGACUGUGACGUCACUAUGGUGGUGUGUGUGAGACCAGAAUCACUUCAAGUGCCCUGACAUUUUUUACACCGCUAUAUUAAGGCGAAUCCAGUGUUACCAGCUCUUGAUCAAUCCAGAUUGAGCGCUUGUUUCGAUUUUCCAGAAUGUACUUUUAUACGCUCAGAGAUGUUUUUUUUAAUUCUAUUUUUUUUAGAGAAACCUGAUGUUCACACCAGCGAACGAGCCGUAUGCUGUACGUACGAGUGAAUGAGUGAAUGUUUUGUAGGAUUGUGGUGUAUGAAUCUGUUUUGGUUUUGCUCUCCUGUUCGAGUUGCUCCUCUCCUCACCAGGCAGGUAUAGAUAUACAACUAUGCAAAUUGUUACCUCAGUUUAUAGAGAAAUUUACCUCAAUAAAAUGAGACUAUUUUUGCAUUUUUCCAGAAGAUCGACGUUG